UCUGCCUUCCUCUUUCACUUCUUCUUGCUGGCAGACACACUAACACAUCAGGAGGAACCAGACUAACUACUGCUUCUGCGAAGAUGUUUCUGUGCUGCCUGCUGGCUCUGCUGGCAUUAACCCCGUUGAGUUUGAGCACUGAUCCUGGAGUAAAGGUCAAACUGACAGAAAAAGGAGUUGAAUAUGGCAGACAACUGGGGAUGGCUUCAAUCCAACAAAAACUCAAAACCAUCAAAGUCCCUGACAUUUCAGGGACGGAGGAGGUGUCUCCUAUUGGCAAGGUCCAGUACAGCCUGACAAAUAUGAGAAUAACGGAUGUGGGGUUGCCGCAGUCUGAGGUGGAUCUGGUGCCAGGGACUGGCUUCAGACUGGCCAUUGGUAAUGCUUUCAUCAGCAUGAAUGGAAAUUGGAAGGUCAAGUACCUCAGAUUCAUGAAGGACCACGGCUCUUUUGAUUUGAAUGUGAGAGGACUCACUGUCACAACAAAUAUUGCUAUCUCAAGUGAUGAGACAGGUCGGCCUGCUGUCAGUAGUGUCAGCUGUGCUGCAACGGUCAGCAGUGCAAGCAUCAAAUUCCACGGUGGAGCCAGCUGGCUGUACAAUCUCUUUAAAACAUUUGUUGACAAGGGUUUGCGAAACGCACUGCAGAAACAGAUCUGCCCUCUGGUGGCUGAUACUGUGUCUGAUCUGAAUCAUACACUGAAAACUCUCAACGUUUUAGCCAAAGUCGACCAGUUUGCUGAGAUUGAAUACUCCAUGGUUUCAUCACCCACAGUGACAACAUCUUCUCUAGACUUCAGCUUGAAGGGUGAAUUUUACAACAUUGGGAUGCACCAGGAGCCUCCGUUCUCCCCCACAAACUUCACCAUGCCACCAGAAACCAGUGACAUGCUGUACAUUGGCGUAUCUACCUUCACUGUCAACUCUGCAGCUUUUGUCUACAACAAAGCAGGAGUCCUCAGCCUGUACAUCACAGAUGACAUGAUCCCACAAAGCUCUCCCAUCCGACUCAACACCAGAACGUUUGGAGCCUUCAUCCCCCAGAUUGCCAAACGCUUCCCGGGUCUGCUGAUGAAACUGCUGGUGAAAACAGUGAAAACUCCUGCAUUCACUUUUGAACCCAACAAUGCCACUGUUCAGACGGCUGGCACAGUGACAGCCUACGCCAUCCAAGCCAACGGCACGCUCACCCCUCUCUUUGUCCUUAACUUGGACAGUAGUGUCAGCGCCCGAGUGUUUAUCAGUGAAAUGAGGCUCGCUGGAGCUGUCACCCUAUGCAAGAUGGAUCUGACCCUGGAGACUAGUUAUGUUGGAGACUUUCAGGUCAAAUCCCUUGACAACAUCUUCCAAAUGGUCCUCAAACUGGUAGUGAUACCUAAACUGAACGCUCAACUUGCAAAGGGGCAUCCACUUCCCUCUCUUGGAAAGAUGAAGCUUGUGAACACUCAGCUUCAGGUCCUGAAGGACUUUAUGCUGAUUGGAACGGAUGUCCAGUUUACGGGUUGAAAGGCUGGAAACUACAAGAAAGCAAGCAUGCAAGCAAAUGACGUGACAUUCAGGGUACAACUUGUCACAAAAACGUAAAAAAUAAAUAAGCAAGCAUAAAUAGGACUUUUUCAGGGAAAUAUAUGAUAGAAAUAUCUACACACACCAGCCUCUUCAUUGGAUAUACCUGUUCAGUCUGGUCAUUCUCCUCUGAUCUGUGCCAUCAAAGAUCAUCCAAAAAACAGCAUGAAAGCCCAACAGACCACCAACAGCCACGGCAUGUUAAAAGUCACGCCAAUCACCUUUUUCUCAUUCUGAUACUUAGUUUGACCUACAGCAGAUCAUCUUGACCAUGUCUGCAUGCAUGAAUGCAUUAGUUGCUGCCAUGUGACUGGCCCAUCAGAUGUUUGCAUUAAGAGCAGCUGAACAGGUUUAACUACUGAAGUGGCCGCUGAGUGUAUCUUUCUAUUUAGGUGUCUAUGUGAACUUAGACCAGGUUUUCAGUCCGUAGAUAAGGGCUGCAAACUUUUCUCACUGCAGUCAAGUCAUAAAAGGACACAGACUGCAGGACCAGGUUUGUUUUUGUCCAAGCUUUUUUGCAAUAGCAUGCUUCCAUAACAGAUCAUAGCAAUUUUUUGCUGCUGAUAUUGUCACAACGUCUUCCUUAAAGUUUAUGACUUGGUUGCCAAGAGAGCAAUUCCAGAAUGUGUUGACCCAUAACAUUUUUACUGCAGAAAGAGUCCAGUGAAAAAUGACAAGACAUCAAUCCACAACCAGCACUUCAGACAAAACAAAGUUUAUAGUUUUUAUGAUCCAGAAACAUUUUCAGCAUCUUAAUCUUUUUUAGUACAAAUAUGUACAAAUAACUUAGCACUCAUAACUACAAUCCAGUCAGCCAGUAGAACAAGUAACAUCCAAGGAUAAGUAGUCCCCAUGUGUCUUCAAGCCCUUCUAGAGAAGGCAGUGUGCUACUUUAGUUAGCUAUGAUAUCAACCAUACCACUCAGCUGCAGGUUUUAAUCACUGCCGUGUCUGAAGCUGCAUGUUCAUGAUGCUGACGCUCAGGCGUUCAGAGUUCCUCUCAGAGAGCCCUGGCUCAGAGCUCGACCUCUCAGGCUUUGGGAGGUGGAUGACAGUAUCUAUAUCAGAGACAAAAAACAUCAAAUAAUGAACAGCAAUUUAGAGAUAAAUCUACAAGAGCGACAGAAAAAGGCAGAAAAUUCUUAAAUGUCUGACUGAUGAAACAAUGUCCAGAAAACAGUCUGAAACCUUGUCCAUUUCAUUUCAUUUGUGUGGCUCAGCAGAUUAAGACUUUUUUUUUAAUUGAAGUUGUACAACUGAAAAAGCAGUGCUGGAUCUUUUUUUCCUUAAAAAAUGUUUUUACCUGUGUUUUCUGUAUAUAGAGAAAAACCUGGAAUAACUGUGCUUCUGAGAGCUUUAAAUAAACUGGACUUUGAAAAUUU